UAACUGUCAGUGUUAGACAGACCCGGGGGCUAGAUGCUAACGCAGCCUGUGGUCAGCUGAGAAAUGAAUUCCAGAAGAAUCCGCUGCUUGAAUCUUCAACCUCAGAGCUCAAUCUCGUUCCUUUAUGAUGGAGGAAGGGCUAGAUCCAAACAAGCAAAACGUCAAAACACAAGCUCAUGGGCGACUCAAUUUUGAACACCACUGCAACGAACGAGCAGCUCAGGAGCUUGCUCAUGGAUCAGAGGGCUACAAGAGAUGAAUAUGUGAAUGCCAUAUCAAACCAAUCCCAAGCUGUUGAAUCCAUUAAAGCUGAGAGUGAUGCAAAAGGGGAUAAGAACCUAGACAAUGCUAUCAUGUGGUACGACAAGUUUCUUGGUUUUCAAGUUGUUGGAGGAGAAGGGGUGAGAUUUGUGUUCAGCAAAAUCGACAUGCAAAGUCCUGACAAGGAGUAUUCUUUUUGCAUAAAGCUUAUUGAUGAAAGAUACAUCUUAGUCCAUUGUGCUCCCUUUGUGCAUGGCUCCGAAGAACUUGUGAAGGAUCUUAACUGCAACAAUGAUCUGUACAAAUUUGUGAGGACCAUGAGAGAGAGGUUCCAGAUCGCUACAAUCAGUGGUUCCAGGUUCAGGAGUAUUGAGCAUGACAAAGUCUUAUGAACUUGACUCCACUAUCUGUGUAUGUGCGUCAGUGAAACUUCACAGCCAAAUUUUUUUUAUGCAGUUACAAAUCUCAAAGAUCUGAAUUGACAGUAAACAUAUAUGAUCGGAUUGUUCUCU